GGCCUGUGUGUAAAAAGUAUUUAAAGUUAUAAACUUUUAAUAAUUUUUCAUUCAAUUCCGAACAUUCAGAGAUGAAUACUUUACUUUGGACUUUGGUGGGCUCAGCUCUGUGUAUUGUUCACACUGAAGGAGCCUGCGAAGACGACUGUAAGAAGAAAGAUGGAAUGUGUUCCUGGAAACAGCCUGGGCUGGACUACCAGGCUAUUGGGAACUGUAGCGAGGGUGUGCCUGGAGUAGGACCUUUGUGUGAGUGUGGAACCUGUUGGAAGAAAAACGAAAUAGACCCAUGCGAGGAUUCUAAAUGCAAGGAAUCUGGAGGAAUAUGUUCUUGGGCCCAACCUAAACCAGAUUAUGAGUCAACCGGGAAAUGUGGUGAAACAGGAUCCAUCGGCCCUGAUAACCAAGGAACUAUUUGCUACUGUGGAUACUGCUGGAAGCCUAAAAAGGUAGAUUCGUGCAGGAGCCGUGAGUGUGCCCUAGGAAGGGGAAUCUGUUCUCCAGUAUCACCUGGGGAAGGAUAUUUGAAGAUGGGAACAUGCCGUGCCAUCGAAUUCGGAGUUCUCGUGGGGGAGGAUUGCUUUUGUUGGUUUGAAAACUUGAAACCAGCUGCCUUUAGCUGAAUCCUUAAUCUAUAUGGAAGUAAAAGACAAAAAGAAAUCCAAAUCCAAAAUUUUUUAAGAAAUUCAUUUGUAUUUGAAAAUUCGAUAAAAUAUAAUUAUGCAAAUAAUG